UUGCGAAAUGAACUCAUUGAUAACCAAGCCAUUUAGUAAACAAAGCAUGCACAAUUAUUUCUUGUAGGUUUAUUCAAUAGUAUUUUGCAUGGAAUAAAAAAAAAACAUAAUGGUUUCAAUGAGAACUCUAGUUAAAACUGCCGCCUACAUUGGCGUAGGUGGAAUUACAGCUGCAUUGUUUAUGAAAACAAAAAUGGAAGAUCGAGUCCGGACUCAGGUCUACUACAGAGAGUCUCUGAAACUACUACGAGGACAUCCUGGAGCAAUUCAAUUGCUAGGCGAACCAAUCAAAGAUUUGGGAUUUGAUUUUGGCGAGGAGAGCAAAAAGUACGGCAAUGGUAAGAUUGAUGGGUUUGCUGUUCCGGUAAAAGGAACCAAGAAGCGCGGAAAAUACUAUUUUUGGGCAGAACAUAAGGAUAAUGAAUGGAGUAUAACGAGAGCUGAGCUGGAACUAGACAAGGAACCAGGUCGACGAUUGGUGAUUCGGAAAUCAGAAUAGAUCACAUAGCCAAGUGAAAAUAUUUAAAUAAUUUUACAUAUGUAUUUAGCUGGAUGCCUCAAAUAGAAAUAGAGUUGAUUUCGACCAUUUUA